AUGUCAACAAGUUUAUUACCGGUUAUUCAAAGUGAACUUAAUCGUUAUGGAUUAUCUAUUAUAUUAAUUUUGGGUAUUAUAGGAAAUAGUUUCAUUAUAAUACUUUUUACAAAAUGUCGUCAAAACUCUUGUUCAAUGUAUUUCUUCUGGGCAUCUAUUAUAAACACUCUUUAUCUUAUAUUCGCUAUUUUACCAACACUUUAUAGUAUUACUUAUGGUGAUUUAAAUUCUCGCUCUUUUAUUUAUUGUAAAUUACGUUUUUAUUUAGCAAAUACAUUAAGUCAAUCAGCGAGAUAUGUUAUUAUUUUAGCAUGUGUUGAUCGUUUUAUUUUAACAACAACGAAUAUUCGUUUUCAAAUUCUUAUUCAACCAACAAAUGUACGAUAUUUAAUUUUUAUUAUAUUUCUUUUUUGGCAUAUUUUUCAAAUUCAUACACUAUUCUCAACAACAAUUAAUAAUGGACGAUGUAAUCAAUUUGAUUUAUAUUAUAUUUUACAUAAUAUUUAG